AUGGUGCAUAGACAACAUGAAGAUGUCAUGGCUUAUCGCUUCACACUCGCAACGAGUACUGAAUCGGAAUUCAUCGCCCGCGAAAUGUCACAUAAAGAGAGACAACUCCUCUGGCUUGAUAAGGAAUACCCCGAUCCUUUCUCGAGAAUCGAUAUCAGCAUGCCAUUGCAGUAG